GCAGCCAUUGCUCGGUGAAACGGCGCCGCCGGGAAGCUGUCCGCGCGUGGGUGACCUCUGUGGAGUUAACGCCACUGCUGCGUGGCAGCGGAGACGUAAGAAAGGCGCGCUGGCUGAGAACCACUGUCCCCGACCGAGGCAGCUUGGGUGCGCGGUCGUGUGCUGCGCCGCGCGCCCACACUUCGCUGGUCCCACCCCGGGGUUGCCAGGCGACCGCGUCCGUCUGCGAGCGGUGGGCUAGGCGGAGAGCCUGGGCGCCCCAUGGACCAGUACUGCAUUCUAGGCCGCAUUGGCGAGGGAGCCCAUGGCAUCGUCUUCAAGGCCAAGCACGUAGAGACUGGGGAGAUAGUUGCCCUCAAGAAGGUGGCACUGCGACGGCUGGAGGAUGGCAUCCCCAACCAGGCGCUGCGGGAGAUCAAGGCUUUGCAGGAGAUCGAGGACAAUCAGCAUGUGGUGCAGCUGAAGGCUGUGUUCCCGCAUGGUGCGGGCUUCGUGCUGGCCUUUGAGUUCAUGCUGUCAGAUCUGGCUGAGGUGGUACGCCAUGCCCAGAGGCCGCUGGCUCCCGCGCAGGUCAAGAGCUACCUGCAGAUGCUGCUCAAGGGUGUCGCCUUCUGCCAUGCCAACAACAUUGUGCAUCGGGACCUGAAGCCUGCCAACCUUCUCAUCAGUGCCUCAGGCCAGCUCAAGAUAGCAGACUUUGGCCUGGCCAGAGUCUUCUCCCCAGAUGGCAGCCGCCUGUACACACACCAGGUGGCCACCAGGUGGUACCGAGCACCUGAGCUCCUGUAUGGUGCCCGCCAGUAUGACCAGGGCGUCGACCUGUGGGCCGUAGGCUGCAUCAUGGGGGAGCUGCUGAACGGGUCCCCGCUCUUCCCGGGCGAGAAUGACAUCGAACAGCUUUGCUGUGUGCUUCGCAUCUUGGGCACCCCCAGCCCUCAAGUCUGGCCGGAGAUUACAGAGCUGCCCGACUACAACAAGAUCUCCUUCAAGGAGCAAGCACCCGUGCCCCUGGAGGAGGUGCUGCCCGAUGCUUCUCCUCAGGCCUUGGACUUGCUGGGUCGUUUCCUGCUAUACCCUCCUCGCCAGCGCAUCGCGGCCUCCCAGGCCCUCCUGCAUCAGUACUUCUUCACAGCUCCUCUGCCUGCCCACCCAUCCGAGCUGCCCAUUCCUCAGCGCCCAGGGGGACCUGCCCCCAAGGCCCACCCAGGGCCUCCUCAUGUCCAUGAAUUCCAUGUGGACCGGCCUCUUGAGGAGUCACUGUUGAAUCCAGAGCUGAUCCGGCCCUUCAUCCCAGAAGGAUAAGAUGGCUGGCCCAGAUGCUGCUUACCUGCUUCUCACAACCGCCCAGGCUGUUUGUCCUCCUGCCAGACUCAGGCUUCCAAGGACUCCUGCAACCACACUGGGCUGCUCCACAGAUGGUCCCGCUCCUGUGAUGUGCUGUCUUUGUGAGGUCUGGUCUCAAAGAGGCACAGGUCACAGUCCCAGCCAAGGCAAUGAGGGUGCCCAGCCCUGCAGAGGAGACCUGUGGUCCAUGCUCUGCAGCCCUCACAUCUGUGUGCUGCUGACUUAAUCUACAGAAAGACUGAGCUGAACUGCUGUCCAGGACCACUACACAGAAUGGUGACACCUACCUGAAUGCAGGUUUCUAGGGCACUGCGUCCUGAUGUAGGUAUUCUUGUAGAACCAUCCAGGGAAAAUGCAGAGUGCGGUGGCUUCAUCCUGGGAAGCCAAGCUUUGUUCUCAGAACAUUAAACACUCUAGUUCAGUA